CCAGGUCCGGGCUCUAUUCCGGAUCAACUGUCUUUUCCUCGGUUUCUUUGGGUUUUUUUUAUUCAGAAAAGCCGCAAACUGAGAGCAGGAGGCAAGCGGGCGCCAUGGUGUUGCCGCCCCCGGACAAACGCCACGUGUGCCUGACCACCAUCGUCAUCAUGACCAGCAUGGCCUUCAUGGACGCCUACCUGGUGGAGCAGAACCAGGGCCCGCGCAAGAUCGGCGUGUGCAUCAUCGUGCUGGUGGGGGACGUGUGCUUCCUCAUCGUGCUGCGCUACGUGGCCGUGUGGGUGGGUGCCGAGGUGCGCACGGCCCGCCGCGGCUACGCCAUGAUCCUCUGGUUCCUCUACAUCUUCGUGCUGGAGAUCAAGCUCUACUUUGUCUUCCAGAAUUGCAAGGCCGACCGCAAAAGUCUGGAGACGGUGGCCCGCAAGGCUCUGACGUUGCUGCUGUCGGUGUGCGUGCCGGGGCUCUACCUGGUGCUGGUGGCCCUGGACAGCAUGGAGUACGUCAGGACUUUCCGCAAGAAGGAGGACAUGCGCGGCCGCCUGUUCUGGGUGGCGCUGGACCUGCUGGACCUGCUGGACAUCCAGGCCAACCUGUGGGAGCCCCAGCGGACGGGCCUGCCCAUCUGGGCCGAGGGCCUGAUGUUCUUCUACUGCUACAUCCUGCUGCUCAUCCUGCCGUGCGUGUCGCUCAGCGAGAUCAGCAUGCAGGGGGAGCACGUGUCGCCCCAGAAGAUGAUGCUGUACCCGGUGCUCAGCCUGGUCACCAUCAACGUGGUGACCAUCCUCAUCCGCGGCGUCAACAUGGUGCUCUUCCAGGACAGCCGCGUGUCCACCAUCUUCGUGGGCAAGAACGUGGUGGCCAUCGCCACCAAGGCCUCCACCUUCCUGGAGUACCGCAAGCAGGUGAAGGAGUUCCCGCACCCGCAGAACGCCAUGGCGCUGGAGCUGCAGCAGAACUCGGUGGGCCACCCGCAGCCACUGCCCAACGCCACCAGCCUGCCGCACGAGCCCUCGCCGCCGGCACAGGAGGUCAUCGACACAUGACCGGGCACCGCCACCCAAUUGGCCCUUUGGAGGCGGCUCCAAAAGACAUGCGGUUCAUGAGGUUUCACAGGGGGCGGACGGCUUGUGUUUGGAGCAGGUGAGGGAAGGCCACCGGAGGGCAAACAAAGAAAUCAGCCGCGUGACAGGAUGAUAGUCGACUCUUGCCAGAGCCACGUGAACUGAUGUUGUUAAAGUGUCCGGGAGAUUUUCAGCCCCUGCCUGUUCGACCGCGAGCCUAACCUUCAAUCUGACACAGAGGAUGGGACAUUUGAGAAAAGAAAAAGCGAAAAAAUAAAACAAAAACUUUUUUUUUUAUUGUGGUACUGUGUUUUUAAAUGUUUCAACUGUUUUAAAUAUUAUACAAAAAAAAACGAUAUAUAUAUUAAGAGACAAUCUCGAUAUAGUGCAGCUGGGUGACAUUUUUGUUGUGUGAACCGGACAUUCAAUUGCCCCUGUAGAAUAUGAUGUAUUUUUUAAAAGGUCACCUUUUUGACAUUGGAUGUGUGGCUGUGGCAUUUUCUCUGAAGUCCCUCCUGUACGGACAUCCCACUUGGCAUGUAGCACUAAAGGUGGAGAGGAAGCGGGAGGAGGAUGUACAAGGAGCGAUAAGAGGGGUCUGAAAAGUGUGUGUGUGGGUGGCUGUGUUUGUGUCUCUGUGUCUGGGUGUGUGAGUGUUUGCAUGGGUGUGUUUGUGUCUGUGUGCGUGGGUGUGCUUGUGUGUGUGCAUGUGUCUCUGUAUGCGUGGGUGUGUACGUGUGAGCCUGUGUGUGUGUAUGUGUGUGUGUGUGUGUGUGUGUGUGUUUGUGUGUGUGUGUGUGUGUGGUUGGAUGCUGACUGGUUAUCAGUAAGUUGAAACUGGGGAGCAGAAGAAUGCAGUUCAUCCUGAAUUUAGUGCUGCUCGGAUGGGAAAUAUCUGGAGCAGGCUGCCUGUGUCAGUGUGGCACUUUACGACCAAAUGUCUCCUAAAAGCAGGGUAGGUCAGCACUAUAACAUCUCCCCUUUCUGCUCUUUGUGACCUUGAGUGUGGACCUUGCGUGUGUCUCUGUGUCAAAAAAUACAUUAAAAAAAAGUGGUCAUGUCAAGAUAUUUUUUUGACAAGAUGUAUGACAGAUGUAUGUGGUAAAAUUGCAAAUGAAACAAAACAUGAAACUGAAGUGAGGAAGGACAACGUAUUCAGAAAAGGGUACUACUGUGGUAUUAUUUUCUGUUCACCAUUUACUGUACCUCUGUAUCAUGAACCUUGACGUUUGAAGAAUGCGUGAGUUCAAAAGUAGAGAUUGCUAAAAAUUAUGACAAAAAAACUAAACUAAAUAAACACAAUAACCUAUGGACGGGGAAUAGUUUUUUGGUCGGGUGUGAUUCUGUUGAAUAUUAUUAUGAUUGUUGUUAUUAUUAUUAUUACUAUUAUGUCGUUAUUUACUUGUUUGAGGACCGUGAUGUGAAUUAAAAGCAUCAAGAAAAUAAAAAGUGAAAAGAUCAAA